UGUACACUAUAAAAAGUAAGCCGUCCCGAUCUCCCAAUAUACAUCAAAGUGUUUUUGUACCUGACUGGACGUCUAUAGCUUUAUAGAAAAAUUAAGAAUGAAGAGUGUGGUUCUAUUGUGUUUGUUCGUUGUAUUGGCUACGGCCGUAGCUGGUCCCGCUGGCCAGUACACUGAUCGCUAUGACAGCAUUAACAUUGACGAGAUCCUCGGCAACCGACGACUACUCAUACCUUACGUCCACUGCUUGCUCGACCAGGGAAAAUGUACGCCUGAAGGCAAGGAACUUAAGUCUCACAUAAAAGAAGCUUUAGAAAACAAUUGUGCUAAAUGUACCCCGCCUCAAAGGACGCGUUCCCGUCAAGUCAUUGGCCAUCUCAUCAACCACGAGCCAACAUUCUGGAACGAACUCUGUCAGAAAUACGAUCCUACCAGCAAAUACACGCGUAAAUACGAGGAAGAGUUACGCACAAUUGCCGCGUAAAUUAGAGCAAAUAUUACGCACAAUUCCUGCAUAAUCUAACGUAAAAUCCUUUUAUUGUCGCAAUUAAAGUCGUUAAUUAAUCACUAAGGGUGUAUUAGUAUUACUUAGUGGAAAUUUCUCAUCCUAAACAUACUCUUUGUUAUCAUUUCACGGCUUUCAGUGCGGCGAUUAUUAGAAUAUAAGUUUUAUUCGAAAUGACAACUGUCGCUGUUGAUUUAUUUAUUACAAUAUGAAAUUAAUUAAU